GACCCGUCAGUCGCUGGCGUGACGCCGAGGUGACUUGAACAUUACUAGUGGGGAUUCCGUGAGGUUUGUGAGGUGAAAUCAGCUCGGUGUGAGUGAUGUGGGCACUGUGGGACGAGUGAUGCCCAGUCUGCGGAGUAAGUGAUGGGGGCAUCUGUGGGGGCUUCUUGGUGUCCCUUCAGAGGCCCUGGGUCAGGCCACAUCUCCAAAGCUAUAGGAUCUCCCUUCACAGCUCAGCCCAACUCUCCCCAGCGGCUCUGAUUAGAACCUCCAGAUGCCCACACAGUUUCCAGCUCCUGGGAAAAGUGGAUUUGUCUGCAAGAGAGACCGAGAGUUGAAGUUCAGAGAAGACAUGUCUGCUGAUGUGAAUUUGCCCCAGCAGCCCCAGGUCCUGGGUCCAUGGGAGCAGGAUGAAUCAUGUGAGGGAUCUGUGUCAUUUGAGGAUGUGACCAUGGACUUUAGUAGGACAGAGUGGCAGCAACUCAACCCUGCCCAGAGACACCUGUACCUGGAUGUGAUGCUGGAGAUCUAUAGCCACCUCUUCUCCGUGGGGUAUCACCUUCCCAACCCAGAGGUCAUUUUUAGGAUGGAAGAGGAAAAGGAGCUAUGGACAGGAGAGGCUGAACUCCUGCAUCAGAGGCAUCAAGAAAUGAAGUUUGGUUGCAAAACCUCACAACAGGAAAAUUCUGGAAAAGCUUCAUUUCAUAAUGAUAUGGCAGGCAAAGUCCCCGGGGAUGGUUCUUCGUGUUUCGUUUUAGAAGAACUGUGGAAGGAUGCUGACCAUACAGAGAGCGAUCAGCAAAAUCAAAAUAAACUGUCACAUCAUAGGGCUUUCCUCAACAAGAAAAAAUUGAGUACAGAGAAGGUCUGUGAAUAUAAGGAACCUGGGAAAAUCAUUCAUGUGAGGCCCCACCUUGUUCCUUCACAAAAAAGACAUCAUAAACGUUUAUUUGCAGAAAGUUUGAAGCCUAACCUAGAAGUAAAUUGUCAAAAUCAAAGCAAUACCACAAAACCCUUUGAGAUUGUUGGAUCUGCUCAGCUAUUCACCCGUAGCUCUUCCAGUGCUAGCUGCAAGAACAUUCAUACAGGAGAGAACUUCUGCAAAGGUAAUCAAUGUACAAAAGUCCUCAGCCAUAAACACUCACUUGUACGACCUCAAAUUCAUUCUCAGGAGAAACCAGAUAAACUUACUGAAUGUGGGAGAGACUUCACCCAGAAGUCAUACCUCCUCAAGCAACAGAGAUUCCACAGUGUAGAAAACCUCCAGGAAUGCAGCAAAUGUGGAAAAGCCCUCACCUCAAAACCAAAAUUUGGUGACUAUCUGACUGAUCACACAGGUAACGUACCUUAUAUAUGUAAGGAAUGUGGAAAAGUCUUUGUUCAGAAGUCAGAGUUGAUUGCACACCAGAAAACUCACACUAGAAAGAAGCCCCAUAAAUGCCACGAAUGUGGAAAAGACUUUUUCCAGAUGCUCUCUCUCUUCAGACAUCAGAGAACUCAUACUAGAGAAAAACUCUACAAAUGCAGUGACUGUGGGAAAGGCUUCUCCCAGAAUUCGACCCUCAUUAUACAUCAGAAAAUUCAUACCGGUGAGCGACAGUAUGCAUGCAAUGAAUGUGGGAAGGCCUUUACCCAGAAGUCAACACUCAGCUUACACCAGAGAAUCCAUUCAGGGGAGAAGUCCUAUGUGUGUAUCGAAUGUGGGCAGGCCUUCAUCCAGAAGGCACACCUAACUGUGCACCAAAGAAGUCACACAGGAGAGAAACCUUAUCAGUGCCACAGCUGUGGGAAAUCCUUCAUUUCCAAGUCACAACUCGAUAUACAUCAUCGAAUUCAUACUGGGGAGAAACCUUAUGAAUGUAGCGACUGUGGAAAAACCUUCACCCAAAAGUCACACCUCAAUAUACACCGGAAAAUUCAUACUGGGGAAAGACACCACGUAUGCAAUGAAUGUGGAAAAGCCUUUAACCAGAAGUCAAUACUCAGCAUGCAUCAGAGAAUUCACACCGGAGAGAAGCCUUACAAAUGCAGUGAGUGUGGAAAAGCCUUCACUUCCAAGUCACAGUUCAAAGAGCAUCAACGAAUUCACACUGGAGAGAAACCCUAUGUAUGCACUGAAUGUGGGAAGGCUUUCAAUGGGAGGUCAAAUUUCCAUAAACAUCAGAUGACUCACACUAGAGAGAGAACUUUUGCCUGUUACGCAUGUGGGAAUGCCUUCAUCCAGAAAUCAGAGUUGAUUACGCAUCAGAGAACUCACGUUGGAGAGAAACCUUAUGCAUGUUGUGACUGUGGGAAAUCCUUCAGUAAGAAACCACAACUGGAAGUACAUCAGCGAAUUCACACAGGAGAGAGACCUUAUGUAUGUUCUGAAUGUGGGAAGGCCUUCAACAAUCGAUCAAAUUUUAACAAACACCAAACGACUCAUGCCAGAGACAAAUCUUACAAAGGCCAUUAAUUCUAUGAAAGGCUUCACCUAGAAAUCAAUACCUAGAGUACAGAUUCACAAAUACAGAAAUGAAACAAACUCUCCGAAUCUCUUGAAGAAAAAAAAAAAAA